AUGAAGGCAUUUUUGUUUUUACUAAUGGUGCUUUUUGUUGCCAAUGCAUACGAAGUUGAUGCUGCAGAUGUAGAGUUAUUUACUAGUGACUCACAAGAAGAAUAUGCUUUAAAUGAUGUUGAAUAUGAAAACGAUGAAGAAGAAAACGAUGAUGAGUAUGAAAUUGAAGACAGUGAAGAAGAAAUCACAGAGGAAAAUAAUGAAGAAGAAGAAACAGAAGAAAAUAAUGAAGAAAAUGAAGAAGAAGAAGAUAUCGAAGAUAUGAAUGAAUUUGAUAAUGAUGAAUAUGAAGAAUAUCAACUUGGUGAUAAUGAAGAAGAUAUGUUCCUUGAUGAUGAUCUUGAUGCUGAACUUGAUGAAGACCUUGAGGCACUUGAAGGAGGAGAAAGUGAUGAUGAGGAAGAAGAUAACGAAGAAGAGAUUGAAGAAAUUGAUGAAACUGAAGACAUAGAAUAUUCUUUGACUGAUGAUUAUUUGACAUAUUAUACAAGUCGUUAUUAUGUUGAUCCAUUCAUCCAAUUCUUUGAUGGAUUCUCAGGCACUCUCCCAGGUAUGCCAUAUGCAUUCUAA